ACUAGUGCUGAGGAAGAAUCAGAACGCUUAUAUGGGGAAACAGGAGUGAAAAAUUAGAGGAGAGGUGAUUAAGGGAGUGGGAACAGGUGUGGAGGGAAGGGGUGUGGCCUUUGGUAAUUGGAGGCGAUUAGAGUCAUGUAUGUAGGGGUGCCAUAAACCUUCACAACAUCAGCAGCAGGCGAUGUGAGUCUUUCAGGUGGCGCUUCUUGGGUGACGUAUAAUCUAGUGGACGGGACAGAUCUUCAACAACAACAACAACAACAAAGCUACCGAUUCAACCACUUCGGCAGCUUGCUAGCCAACAUAAAACCGAAACAUUGAAGUUAUUUUUAAACACAAUCCUGUUAACGUAUAUACUAGUUCACUUAAAAGUAAUUUGCUUGUUCAAUUUGUUGAAAUUGUUACUCAGCCAAGCACUAAGCUUGUCGCUAAUGCAAACUAGCUAGCUAGCUGACAACCCCAACCAUGAGCUCACUAAACUACUCCUCCCCUGCUAAAGAAGAUAAUGUAUGCUGGGCGGAGAAAGAAGCUCUGGGGCUGAACAUUGUCGUGAAAGAGGAAGAGGAGGAUAUUACAGUAAAAGGAGAGGAAGAAGCUUUCAGAACGAUAAAGGAGGAAGAGGAGGAAGAUCAUGUUACAGUGAAAGAAAAUAAAAAAACAUUUGGAGUGGAAGAGGGGGAGGUAGAAGAUUUCAGAAUAAAAAAGGAAGAGGAGGAGGAUGUUAUAGUGAAAGAAGAGGAAGAACCUAGAGUGAAAGAGGAAGAGGAGGUGAUCUCAAUAAAACUGGAGGAGGAAGACGUUUUGGGAGUGAAAGAGGAGGAGGAGACGGAUCAAGAUCUGAUUAACACCAGAGAGAGACCACACUGUCACUCUGACAGCAGGAAGAGUCCUUCAGGGGAACAAGACCUAGAGACGCCCAAACCAGUGAGACCACACCAGUGUUCCCACUGUGUAAAGAGUUUUAAGUGGUUAUGUUACCUAAAAGAACAUGAACGAAUACACACAGGAGAAAAGCCUUUCCAAUGUUCCCAGUGUGGAAAGAGUUUUACCCAAUUAGGGAGCCUGAAAAUACAUGAGAGAUCACACACAAGAGAGAAACCUUACCACUGUUCCCAUUGUGAAAAUACUUUUUUCUCAUCAGGGGACUUGCUAAAGCAUAAAAGAACACACUCUGCCGAGAGGCCCUACCAAUGUUCCCAGUGUGGAAAGAGUUUUAUUCAGUUAGGGAACCUGAAAAGGCAUUUGAGAACACACACAGGGGAGAAGCCCUACCACUGCUCAUACUGUGAAAAGAUAUUUACCCAGCUAGCGAACUUAAAAAGGCAUGAGAGGACACACAAAGGUGAAAAACCUUUCCAAUGUUCCCAGUGUGAAAAGAGUUUUACAGAGUUUGGGAGCAUGAAAAGGCAUGAGAGAAUACAUACAGGGGAGAAGCCUUACCACUGCUCCCAAUGUGAAAUGAGAUUUUCCUCAUCAUGGUGCCUAAAAUCACACAAGAGGACACACUCAGGAGAGAAGCAUUUCCAAUGCACUCAGUGUGUAAAGAGUUAUACCCGGUUAGGGGACCUGAAAAGACAUGAGAGGACACACACAGAAUGAGCCUCAUCACCGCUCCCAGUGUUGCAAGAGUUUUAUCUGGUUAGGGAGCCUGAAAAAUACACUCUGGAGAGAAGCUUUACCACUGCUCUCACUGUGGAUUUAAACUUACCUGGUUAAAGCAACUGAAAGAGCAUGUAAGUCCACACCUGAGAGAAAAGUUAUCAAUGCUCUCAGUGUGGAAAGAGAUAUGAAAUCAAAUUAUAAAAAGCAGACUCAAAAAUAAAUGUGUUUUUUAUUUCAACACAUGACCUGAAUAUGGAGUAUGUCAGAAAGAAUGUAGAUGCUCUGUGAUUAAAUUGCCCAUUUUAAACUCACUCUCUUUGUGUGUCAUUCCUGGAGCCCUACAGAGGGGUAUACUACAACACGAGAUAGAGGAGAUAGAUGGAGGGGUAGAGGUAGAGGAGAUAGAUGGAGGGGGUAGAGGAGAUAUAGGAGAUGGAGAUGUAGAGGAUAUAUAAGAGAUAGAGAAUAUUUAGUUUGGAGAGCGUUUGCACAUUGCAAGACGUUGCUGAGGAUUCAGAAUAGAAUGUUGAUGCCUGGGCCUCCCGAGUGGCGCAGCAGUUUAAGGCACUGCAUCGCAGUGCUUGAGGCGUCACAACAGCCCCGGG